GCUUUCGAACCGGUUGAAGACAUGUUCCGCAAGUGUAGUACAGGAGACAGACGAGAAUACAACAAGGUUCAUAAAAACAUCAACAUUCUUGUCGAACUUUCCGGGAAUCCAACAACCGAAGUAAGGCUCUAUGUCUUCCAUCGGAAACCAUCUAAGUGUGUCCUCAGGGCUUUCAAGGUUCCGAAUCCUGGUGAUAGGCAAGACUGGUGUUGGCAAGUCUUCGUUGAUCAACCACGCAUUUGGAGUACAGAACGCGACCGCUUCGCACGCACAGCCAGGCGAGGCCACCAUCGACCAGGAGUUCAUCUCACCGCAGAACGACAGGUUCAUUCUUCACGAUAGCAAAGGUUUUGAGCCAGGGGAAAAAGACAACCUCAACAUUGUCCGAGAUUUCAUUGGCCGUCGGAAAGCAAUGCCUGAUUUGAAAGAUCAGCUGCACGCUGUUUGGCUUUGCUUUGAAAUACCCCGCGCAGGCGGGCGUUUACUAGAGACCGGUGUGGAACAAUUUCUUACAUCGAAACGCGAAGAAGAGCUAGGAGAAAUUCCCAUUGUUGUCGUUUUCACCAAAUACGACACCCUCCUCGACCGCAUGGAGCGAACUCUGGACAAGUCCUUCACCAAAGAUUUGAGCAAGGAGGACUUCCAGGAACUCACGAAGAAAAGCGCAAAAGACAAGCUCAAGGAAGUUUGCAUUGCACCCCUGGAGAAAUUUGCAGGGUCCGAUAUGCCGCAUGUUACAGUUUCCACAAAGGGAAACCACCACGAGGAGACCCUGGCCCAUUUGAUCCGAACCACUGAAGAACUCGUUUGUAAGCAUAUCGGGACCGACGCGUCGGUGAUGACGUCCGUCGCUCAGCGAGUGGAUCCUGGUCUCAAAAUAAAGGCCUCCAUAGAAGUUGGCAAGAGAAAAUACUGGAAGGCGCUCGCAUCAAGCGCACCAUUCAAGAACCGUUCAAUGUGGGACUGUUUCCACGUGCUUCACACUGACAUCGUCAAUGUAUGGAACUUUCAAGACCCUGAUGGCCACUUGUGCAGCCCAGAGUUCAGGACAAUAAUGACGAACAUGGUCAAUGAGCUGGGCGUUGGACCCACUGCUGAUCCCAACAAGAACCUUGCAUUUGGGCUCUCCAUUGUGGGUACUAUUGCGGGCAUCCUGUCUGCCUUGGCCGGACCUGCCGCCCCCAUCGUAGUGCCAAUAGUGGCGAGUGUUGUGGUUGCGCACUGGGUUUACGAGGUGUAUCAGCGAUCUCGUUCGGCGCUCCAACGCUUCAUGAAAUACAUAAUCGACUUGACUCUUGUGUUACAAACGCUGUAUCUUCUGUCGGAAAACCGGAAGCUGUCUCGUAGAGCCAUCAAACUUGCGGUCAAGUCCUACCACGACUCACCAAUGAGCGGAACAGUCCAUGAUCGGAUUCAGCAGUACGACAAGCAAUCGACCUUCUUGGAACGCGCGGACCGCGAUUCAUUGGAUCAAUUCGUCAAGCUACUACAAUCAUAUAACAUUAGUGCAGAAGAAAUGCCGGGUCUUCGGGACAAACUUCCCGCUGUGGAUUUAUCAUCGGAUGAACCAUGGGACACGAAGUCUUAGUACUUGAUUCUUUCUUGUGUUUGCUGGUGUCUGACUUUUGGAGUACCUACGGGAAUCGUGGCGUGUCCUCACUCGCACUAUGUAAUUGGAGUUAUGGCUGGCCUGUACUACUGUAGAGUGCCCUGAUGUUCCGAGGUAACCCUGAAAAGCUUUUGCUUGAAAUAACCUGAGAAAUCCGUUUAUCCUCCCGAGACACAGCGCAUUGAUUGCUACCCCCAUGAUCCGGACUCGGAGAAAUGAUAGUCUUGUAAUGAAAGUGUCAUCAAAUUGACACGACUCAGGCAACCCUACGAAGAAAUAAUUAUAUCCCUGCCAGGCCACUACACACAUGGGAACAUCGAAUGUCUCACCGCGCGUUCCGUAUGUGAGUCAUACAUCCCUGAGUUCCGUAAACUGGAUAGAAUUGUCCGACGUAUGUAGUAUACCAAUGAGGAUGACAGCCUAGUCAACGCGGAGGUAAGUAGUGUCCCACUGUGAUUGU